AUGAAGCCAGUCCAGUUUUUCUUUCUCUUCUGUUGCUGGAAAGCAAUUUGCUGCAAUGGCUGUGAGCUGACCAAUAUCACCAUCACCGUGGAGAAGGAAGACUGUCACUUCUGCCUCAGUGUCAACACCACCUGGUGUGCAGGCUACUGCUACAACAGGGAUCUGGUGUACAAGGAUGGACUCAUGAGCAAUAUCCAGAAAAUAUGUACAUUCAAGGAGCUGGUGUAUGAGACAGUGAUACUGCCUGGCUGUGUUCACCAUGCAAACUCCACGUAUAUGUACCCAGUAGCCACUAAAUGUCACUGUAGCACAUGUAAAAAAGACAGUACUGACUGCACCACAAAAGGCCUGGGGCCCAGCUACUGCUCCUUCAAUGAAAUAAAAGAAUAAAGACCAGUGGACAUUUCAGGCUGCCUACCCUAGUCCUGAAGGACCAAGAUAUCCAAAAAGUCUGUGUGUGUACAACAUGCUCAGGCUGCAAGCACUGUGGGAUUGGAGAGCAUCAGACCCCACUGAUCCUGGCUUUCCAGAGCUAGAGAGUGCAAGGGUUGAGCAUUUG